GGUGUCCGCUCCGGGCCGGGUCCCGCUCUAGAUGGGAUAAGCGGUAAACAUGUUCAGCUUUGAAGGGGAUUUCAAAACAAGGCCCAAGGUGUCUCUUGGAGGAGCGAGUAGGAAGGAGGAAAAGGCUUCGCUCCUGCAUCGCACUCAAGAAGAAAGGCGAAAACGAGAGGAAGAAAGGCGAAGGCUGAAAAAUGCAAUAAUAAUCCAAUCAUUUGUAAGGGGUUAUAGAGACAGAAAUCAUCAGUACUCUACCCAGAGAAGUGAAUUUGAUCGCUGUGCUAAUUUGGCCCAAACUGGAGGAACCUUUUCUACAGCUAAUGGAGCUAAUUUGACUCUUCUAGUUCGUCAGCUACUCUUUUUCUAUAAACAGAAUGAGGAUUCUAAGCGUUUGAUAUGGCUGUGUCAGAAUUUAAUUAAACAGAGUUCUCAGUUUGUUAAGCAAUUGGAUGGUCCAGACCGACUUACUUGCUUAUUCCAAAUAAAAAGACUGUUGGGGUUGUGUUGCAGGCUAUUGCAAAACUGCAAUGACGACAGUCUGAAUGUUGCACUUCCCAUGAGAAUGCUUGAGGUAUUUUCAUCUGAGAAUACAUAUUUACCUGUUUUACAAGAUGUCAGCUAUGUAACAUCACUAAUUGAACAAAUUUUGCACUACAUGAUUCAGAAAGGCUACUACAAGUCGCUUUAUUUGUUAAUUAAUAGUAAGCUUCCAUCAAGUAUUGAGUAUUCUGAUGUUUCUCGAGUCCCUCUUGCAAAAAUACUUCUGGAGAAUGUUCUGAAACCAUUGCACUUUACAUACAGCUCCUGUCCAGAAGGUGCAAGACAACAGAUUUUUGCAGCCUUCACAGAGGAGUUUGUGGCAGCACCUUUCACAGAUCAGAUAUUCCAUUUCAUCAUUCCAGCGCUGGCUGAUGUGCAGAUCGUUUUCCCUUAUGAAUUCUUUCUGAAUGCACUAUUAUUAGCAGAAAAUGGAUGUUCAAGAAAAAGUGAUCAAGCUCCAUGGCUUUUUUACUUCGUGCUAACAGUUGGAGAAACGUAUUUGGGAUCCCUUUCAGAAGAAGGACUGCUUGUAUAUUUGAGGGUACUCCAGGCUUUUCUCUCUCAGCUGCCUGUAUCUAGUGCUGGUACAAAUUGUCAAGAUGCAAACAGUGAUUCUGAAGAUGAGGAUGAAGAGAUCAGUGAAAUGACAACUACACCAGGUGAUGGGAGAAUAUCAGUUCAGUACAUUACUGAGGAGUGUCUAAAGAAACUGGAUACAAAGCAGCAGACAAACACUCUGUUGAAUAUGGUUUGGAGAGAUUCAGCUAGUGAAGAGGUCUUUACCUUGAUGGCAUCAAUCUGCCACACGCUAAUGGUGCAACACCGAAUGAUGGUGCCAAAAGUCAGGCUCCUUUACAGUUUAGCCUUUAAUGCCAGAUUCCUGAGGCAUCUUUGGUAUUUGAUAUCUUCAAUGACUACACGAAUGAUUACAGGGUCUAUGGUACCACUUCUUCAAGUGAUUUCAAGAGGUUCUCCAAUGUCUUUAGAAGACUCUAGUCGAAUUAUCCCUCUCUUCUACCUGUUUAGUUCUUUGUUUAGUCAUUCACUUAUUUCUAUUCAAUUAUGCCUUCUUCCUUGA